AUGAACUUUGCAUUGUUUUAUACAUUCAGCGGCAUUCUUGUCGCUCUAUCGGUCGAAAUGAGGGACUUGUACUUAACCUGGGGAGAAGACGCCUUUGGCGAAACUAUUUACAUUACGUGCAACGUUAUAACUAUCAUUUUGGUUCUAAUGAAAAUCUUCGUCUUGUUAAUAUAUUACGAUGAGCUGCAAGACAUAAUUCAUUAUGCGAAAAGGAACUUUUGGCACCUGGAUUACGACUCGUACGAGCAAAUGAUUAUAAAUAAAUGUAAACGUACUUGCACCAUCUUCGUUUGCAUUUUCACUUUCUUCGCUGAGGGAACAGUUACCACUUAUAUAAUUAGACCACUUGUAGUAAACCACGGAAGGGAUGAAUCAGAUAGAAUACUUCCAUUUAACAUACGGCUUCCCGAUUAUCGUAUAUCAUUCACGCCGUAUUUUGAAAUAUUAUUCACGCUACAGGUCAUAUGUGCGCAUCUCGUUGGCGUGUGCUACCAUUGCUUCGACAAUAUACUAUGCAUCUUAAAUCUACACACCGCUGCUCAGUUCCGUAUCUUGCAAUAUAGACUUGCAAAUGUGUGCAACACAAACGAUCACAAAAAAUUCCACGAACGUUCGGGAAAAUCACGAUACAGCAUGUACAAAUAUGGAAUGUUUAAAGCUCACAUUCAACAGCAUCAAGCGCUGAUUGAAUUCUGUAGACAACUCGAAGACGUGUUCAGCUUGCUUGUACUUGGACAAGUGUCGCUGUUCAGUUUGUUAAUCUGCCUCGAUGGAUACUUGAUACUUAUG